CUUGCGUACCGAGCGCGAGCCGUUCGUCUCGUCCAUCCGCCAUGAUGCAAUGUAGUUUCUCAACAGAUAUAAGAGAGAAGGAAUUCCCGCUCUCUGUAGUCCGCAUAACUCAUUCUCGCAUCACACGCUCGAGAACAACAAUACCUGAAUCGCUUCUAUAUCAUCUUCGACAGCUAUAUUGCUACAAUCAUGGCGGACGUCUUAUACUCUGAUCUUUCCUACUGCUCUGCCUGUGAUCGCUACUUCCCUGGCGACGAAGCGCGUGCUGAGCAUGUGCAAAUGUCUACCAAGCAUCCGAAGUGCGACCGCUGUGAGCGACGCUUCGCCAACAUGAAUUCAUUACGAAACCAUUGGGUGUAUUCGCCCAGACAUCACUAUUGUGUAGUCUGCGAGAAAGACUUUUCCUCCUCUGGCGGACUGCGAGUGCACAUGGAGAUGGCGGCUGUUCAUCGUGACGACAGCGACGACGAGGACGAGGAAGAUGAUGAUAUUGAUGAUACCUUCGACGGAUGGGAAGAUGAGGUUGCCAGGAAUAUGUAUCCUGACGGUGAAGAGGAUGACGAGCCUGCGAGCGAUGAUGAGGAUUACUCCGCUGAAGAUGAAUACUGGGAUGAGGAUGAUGAGACGGAGUUUGAGGAGGAUCGGGAUGCAUAUUAUGGCUUUGCCUCUGUCAGUGCAGUCGGUGGGGAACUUCUCCCAGCUGUCGCGGCGGCUUCCGCUCCGACAGCUGGAGAGUCUUCCACCCAAGAAGAGCCGCAAGCUUCAUUUUCUACUAAAGACUCGGGUCAAAUCAAGCCUGUUGUUGCUGAUGCGCGUGCAUACGGAUGUCCCCUUUGCCUCGAGGCACCACAGGACUGUAGUGCGACCCACUGUGGUCAUAUCUUCUGCACACCAUGCAUUGACACUGCACUUGAAAGUAGGAAAAUGUGUCCUGUUUGUCGGAAGUUCGCUUGUCACAGACAGUUGCGAAAAGUCUUCCUUCCUGUCGUCUCUGUUUGAAUUCGAUUGUCAUCGUUAGAUAAUGUGUGCUGGUCACGGACUAUGACUAUGGACAUUUAACCCCAUCUCGUUCAUAAGUACUUUGUCAAUACAUAUGUGCUUCUUUAC